CCCAGGCCGGAAACGGGAGGCUAAAGGGGCGGGCCGGCUAGUGUCCCCUUUCCGGGCGGUCCCCAUGGAGGCGCUGGGGAAGCUGAAGCAGUUCGAUGCCUACCCCAAGACUCUGGAGGACUUCCGGGUCAAGACCUGCGGGGGCGCCACGGUGACCAUAGUCAGUGGCCUUCUCAUGCUCCUGCUGUUCCUGUCCGAGUUGCAGUAUUAUCUCACCACUGAGGUGCAUCCUGAGCUUUAUGUGGACAAGUCUCGGGGAGAUAAACUGAAGAUCAACAUCGAUGUUCUUUUCCCGCACAUGCCUUGUGCUUAUCUGAGCAUCGAUGCCAUGGACGUGGCCGGGGAGCAGCAGCUGGAUGUGGAGCACAACCUGUUCAAGAAACGACUAGAUAAGGAUGGAAUCCCCGUGAGCUCAGAGGCAGAACGUCAUGGUAACCAAGAACUUGGGAAAGUCGAGGUGACAGUGUUUGACCCAGACUCGCUGGACCCCAACCGCUGUGAGAGCUGCUACGGAGCUGAAUCAGAAGAUAUCAAGUGCUGUAACAGUUGCGAGGAUGUGCGCGAAGCGUACCGCCGUCGAGGCUGGGCCUUCAAGAACCCAGACACUAUUGAGCAGUGUCGACGAGAAGGCUUCAGCCAGAAGAUGCAGGAGCAGAAGAAUGAAGGCUGCCAGGUGUAUGGCUUCUUGGAAGUCAACAAGGUGGCUGGAAACUUCCACUUUGCCCCUGGGAAGAGCUUCCAACAGUCCCAUGUGCAUGUUCAUGACUUGCAGAGCUUCGGCCUUGACAAUAUCAACAUGACCCACUACAUCAAGCACCUGUCAUUCGGGGAGGACUACCCGGGCAUUGUGAACCCCCUGGACCACACCAAUGUCACUGCACCCCAAGCCUCCAUGAUGUUCCAGUACUUUGUGAAGGUGGUACCCACGGUGUACAUGAAAGUGGAUGGGGAGGUGCUGAGGACAAACCAGUUUUCUGUGACCAGGCAUGAGAAGGUUGCUAAUGGGCUGCUGGGGGACCAGGGCCUGCCAGGGGUCUUCGUGCUCUAUGAACUCUCCCCCAUGAUGGUGAAGCUGACAGAAAAGCACAGGUCCUUCACCCACUUCCUAACGGGUGUGUGCGCCAUCAUUGGGGGCAUGUUUACAGUGGCUGGACUCAUCGACUCACUCAUCUACCACUCUACUCGAGCCAUCCAGAAGAAAAUCGAUCUAGGGAAGACAACGUAGUCCCCAUCCUUCCCCGUCGUUCCUUUCCUCUGUCCCCUGUGAUUAUUCCGCAGCCUCUUUCCCUGCCUCCUAUGCCUCCUCUCCAGAGUCAGCCCGGGGUGAUAAAUGUUGUGA